AAAUACCAAUUCCGACCCAUGAUACCGGAUCUACAAGUAAAAGAUCACCUUUACAUUGUAGCAGAAGCCUGGACGAAACACCUUUCUAAUUUACUGCGGCACGAUGGUUACAUGGCCACCUUUGACGAGACAGUAUUUGGAGGAAAUCAUACCAUAUCGUCCCCGAUCAUUCAGUUCGACAAAAGUAACGUCAAUUCUCGGUAG